CAUACACACACAGGGUUGGUAGGAGAGAAAAUAGCUGGCGUGCAGCAGACUGAAGGGAGGAAGGAAGGAGAAUGGAGCUGAACGAACAAGCCUGAGCACGCACACACACGCACACACACACACAGACACACACAUCUUUUACCAGCCAGUUGGACGUGGAGCGAAGCAGCAGCAGCAGCUUGAGGAGAAACCAGAGCGCCUGACAGUCCCGGGUCGGGGUUUCACAGCAGUCCGGACCCUGACAGUCCAGCAUCAGGGCUUAGUGCCGCCUCAUGCAAAGGUCUGUCCAGCUUUCUACCUCACGGAGCAUCUCUCCUGCUGGGACCUCCUGAUCCGCUCUGUGGACUCACUGAAGACCUCCAGGUCCCUCAGGAGAGUGUGAUGGCGAUGACGUCUGGACACCAAUGACCUCCUCCAGAGAGACGGCUGGAACUCUUCUCCAGAAUCUCAGGACUCUUGUUCUACUUGUGUGAGCGUGCACAAGUGUGUUUUCCAAGAAAAACUCAUUUUUUUAUUUAUUAUAUGUAAAUAUAUGACAUAUUUCUGGCCAGUGCGCUCUGAUUGGACGAUCACAGCUCUCUUCUUCUGCUGUUUCAUUUGGGCUUUUCCACUGACAUCAGACAUCCAGUACAAACGGCCCACGUGGCCUCUUGCGAUACGGAGGCAGGAUGAAGACCUGCUGCCGAUACACGAUAUAAACUCUUUCACUGCCGCGCGUUGGAUUAUCAUCUUCUUCAGGCCAAUAACUCUCGAGGCUCUGCGUUGGUUCCUUCUGGUCCAAACGUUAAAGGUCCAGAGCUCUGAAGCUCUCGUUGGACCUGCCACCGGGCCGACAUGCUCCCCGCAGGGCCGGUGCCGGGCGGGGGGGGGCUCUGCCUGCUGCGCUGGCUGGGCCUCAGGCUGUGUUCCCGGAGGGGGACCCUGGUGUGCGCUCUGCUCUGGUUCGGCUCCUGGUUGUUCCUCAACGGCCUGGUUCUGGUCCACAGGAGCAUCCUGUCCGACUACUGCACCGACGACAAGAGCAAGAGGAUCCUACAGAGGCUG